CGAAAGAUUUGCACUCCACUUCGAAAUCUCUCUUGAUCUACCUAUCAAACAUCAUCUCUGUACCGUAUUGAAGCCAUAUUAUACCGAAAACUACAUAUUAGUCUGCAUUGUUAUAACUUAUACAAUCGAAACUCGAGGAAAAGAAGCAAAUGGCACUGUCUCCAGAGCAAGAACACCCCAGGAAAGCAUUUGGAUGGGCUGCAAGAGAUACAUCUGGUGUUCUCUCUCCCUUCAAAUUCUCAAGAAGGGAAACAGGAGCGACGGACGUAAGAUUCAAAGUGUUAUACUGUGGAGUAUGCCAUUCGGACAUUCACAUGGCCAAAAAUGAUUGGGGGAUUUCUACCUAUCCUAUAGUACCUGGGCAUGAACUUGUUGGUGUAGUGACAGAGGUAGGGUGCAAAGUAAAUAAAUUCAAAGUUGGAGACAAGGUCGGAGUUGGUUGCAUGGUGGACUCUGACCGAACUUGUGAUAAUUGUGUCCACCACCUAGAAAAUUACUGUCCCCAACUGAUACAAACCUACAGUUCCAAGUACUAUGAUGGAACCAUGACAUACGGAGGUUACUCGAACAACAUGGUGACUGAUGAGCACUUCAUUGUUCGUAUCCCGGACAACUUACCACUUGAUGGCGUUGCUCCGCUUCUAUGUGCCGGGAUUACAACCUACAGCCCGUUGAGAUAUUAUGGACUUGACAAACCUGGUAUGCAUCUUGGUGUGAAUGGCCUAGGUGGUUUAGGUCACGUGGCCGUGAAAUUUGCCAAGGCUUUGGGGCUCAGGGUUACAGUGAUUAGUACCUCCCCUAAUAAGAAGAAGGCAGCUAUGGAACAUCUCCGUGCUGAUGCAUUUUUGCUCAGCACUGACCAAGAUCAAAUGGAGGCUGCCAUGGGAACAAUGAAUGGCAUCAUCGACACAGUUCCUGCAGUUCGACCUCUAGAGCCUUUGAUUAAAUUGUUGAAGACUAAUGGAAAGGUUGUUACCAUUGGUAUAACGGUGCAGCCACUCGAUCUUCCAGUUUUUCCUUUGGACCUCGGAAGGAAGAUGGUAGCUGGCAGUGCCUUUGGAGGUAUGAAGGAGACACAAGAGAUGAUUGAUUUUGCUGCUGAACAUAACAUAAUAGCUGACACUGAGGUUAUUCCGAUUGAUUACCUGAACACCGCUAUGGAACGCGUUGUCAAAAAAGAUGUCAGGUUUCGAUUUGUCAUAGACAUUGAGAACACAUUGAAGUCCGACUGUUAAGUUUCUUAUCCAGAUCAAUCAAUGAUACAUCAAUAAUUAACUUUCAGUAUGAUGGAGCUCUCCAUAUAUCUUCACAUUUCUCACAUAUAAUGUGAUAAGAUGGGAGUAAAUAAAUGGAAUUAUUGUAUAAUUAAUACAGAUUUCAGUUGUAUUGUUUUAAAUAGGUUUAUGUUCUUAAUAAUUAUAGUAGUGUAAUAAUUCUACUCCUGUAUUAAUACUAAAAAAUCACACACUCCAUGGGUGUAGGAAUGAGUGUGUGAAUGGUGAGAAGUGGC